UGACCGCUGCAGUAACUUGUUAAGCGGUAGUGAGGUCCUUCCUUGUGGCCUCUUAUUGAAGCUCUUCACAGUUAUUAGAAGGUAACAACAUACUCAUUCUGACUGUUUAGUCUAUGAAAUUGAACCGUGAGCAUGACUCAGGCUGAGAAGGAGCAGGAGAACGGGAGGGAGAAAGAAAAGGAGCGCGAUAAGGAGAAAGAGAAGGAGCAACAACGCGGCGUGAAAAGACCCAUCGCUCCGCCGGCUAUCCCUGAACCUCUUCAGGAGCAAAUACAGAGCAAUUUUAUAGUAGUCAUCCACCCCGGGUCCAGGACGCUCCGCAUUGGCCGAGCAACAGACACUCUUCCGGUGACCAUCCCGCAUGUAAUAGCCCGCAGACACAAGCAAAGUGGACAGCCCAGAUAUGAGGACGCCUGGCUGUUGAGAGAAGGUCUAAAUAAACCAGAGAGUAAUGAGCAGAGGCAGAACGGGCUUAAAAUGGUGGACCAGGCCAUUUGGUCCAAGAAGAUGUCCAAUGGAGUGCGGAGGACGCCCGUGUCGGCUGAACAGGCCAGAGCGUACAACUGUCAGAUCCGUCCGGCAGUGCUAGACAGCAGCUCCAGGGUUAAGUGGACCAACACAGCUCACCAUCCUCCUCAUCUUGUAGGAGAGGAGGCUCUGUAUGUGAAUCCAUCCGACUGUUACAAUGUCCACUGGCCUAUAGUCAGAGGUCAGCUCAAUGUGCACGCCGGUCCCGGAGGCUCGCUGACCGCCGUUCUGGCCGACCUCGAGACAAUUUGGAGUCACAUCAUUCAAAAGCAUCUGGAGAUCCCCCUCAAGGACUUAAAGUAUUACAGAUGCAUCCUGUUGGUUCCUGACAUCUACAACAGGCAGCAUAUCAAGGAAGUUGUCAACUUGCUGCUGCUUAAUAUGGGCUUCUCAGCAAUCAUUGUGCACCAGGAGUCAGUGUGCGCUACAUUUGGCAGUGGGUUGAGCAGCGCUUGUGUUGUGGAUGUAGGAGACCAGAAGACCAGUCUCUGUUGUGUAGAGGAUGGAGUGUCCCACCGGAACUCGAGGUUGUCUUUGGCGUAUGGUGGCUCAGAUGUGACCCGCACUUUCCUCUGGCUCCUGCAGAGGGCAGGAUUUCCCUACAGAGACUGCCAGCUGUCCAGCAGAUUGGAUUGCCAGCUACUACAACAUAUAAAGGAGACUUUCUGCCAUCUAAACCAAGACAUUUCAGGGCUACAAGAUCAUGAAUUCCAAACACGCUUCCCAGAAGCUCCAGCCCUUCUCUACCAGGUUCGACUAGGAGAUGAGAAAUUACAGGCACCCAUGGGACUUUUCUACCCCACCACAUUUGGCAUUGUAGGUCAGAAGAUGACAUCACUGCAGUACCGUUCCCAAGGCGACUCGGAGGAUCCUCAUGAUGAACACUACCUUCUGUCCACGCAGAACAAACAGGACCAGUCCUCCAAAUCUGCUUCAGACCGGAAGGCUUUCUCCAGACCAGGUGGAGCUUUGGAUGGAGAUGUGAGCGGUCAGGGUGGGAUUGGAGAGCUCUCAGACCUGCCCAGGGGCUGCGGAAGUGGCAGCGGUGGAGGGAUGCAGGGGGAGAUGGAGCUUGGGCCAGCCCAGGGGGAGUGCCUGAUGGGGGUAGGAGAGGUGGAAGAGCCAAUGUCUGCUCACCUCUCCAGGAAGACUGCCAUCAUGAGCCAGUUUGAAAGCAAAGCACUGGGCCUGGAUAAGGCCAUCCUGCAUAGCAUCGACUGUUGUGCAUCGGACGAGACCAAACGAAAGAUGUACAGUUCCAUACUGGUGGUGGGAGGAGGGCUCAUGUUUCAUGGUGCCCAGGAGUUUCUGCUGCACCGCAUCAUCAACAAGAUGCCGCCCUCCUUCAGAAGGCUUGUAGACAACGUGGAAGUUAUCACAAGGCCAAAGGACAUGGACCCUCGCUUGAUAUCGUGGAAGGGGGGAGCAGUGCUGGCGUGUCUGGACACCACUCAGGAAAUGUGGAUCCACCAGGGCGAGUGGCAGCGCUUCGGUGUGCGAAUGCUCCGCGAGAGAGCUGCCUUCGUCUGGUAAAACCAAACAGAUUUGACUUGAAGCUAAGAGACAAC